AUGAAGGGAGCCGGGGUUCCAUUUGAGGCUUUGCUUUGGGAAACGUUCGAAGUCAGGAAAAAACGGGAGGAGGCAAGGGAGCAGUUUCGAAAAUGCUGCCGCGAUGCCGACUUGUUUCGCACCGACCAUCUGGAGACACUGGCAGCCGCCAAAGCAAAGGAUAAGGGAACCACAAAAGCAGGCGAACUUAGAAUGCUCAAAAGCUCCAACAAGGCAAGGGAGAUUGGGCGCAACGUCCGCACUGCACUCGGAAAAAACAGCAAAGGUCUGGCAACCUCCCUCCAACGACCACACCCAACUGGCGAAGGCAUGGAAAUCUGCGACACUCAGACAAGUUUGGUCGAUGCAAGUAUUGAUGAAGCCACCGCACGCUUCACCCGAGCAACUGACAUUUCCCCAUUCAUGACAGACCCCCUCCUGUCGGAAGUGGGACCAAUGGCAGAACUCCCAGGAGCUGACGAAAUUUUAGCAGGCACCUUUGAAUGCCCCCCCGAAACUGAUCAAUACACACAACUUCUCAUUCAGCACCUAGCCACACCUCCUGAAGUCAUGGCGGCUGGAGACAUCCCUCUGGAUAUCCCACUCAAGGAACACCAGCGGGCAUGGAAACAGCAGAAUCACCACACAGCAGCUGAUCCACGAAACCUGAGCUUCGCACAUCACAAAGCAGGGGCUCACAACUAG